GAAAAUUUGAAUUUUACCAACUACAUCUCAGAGUCAAUUGCCUUGAGAUCUACAAACAUCAACUUGUCCUGCUAAGCUUUUAAUUUCAAAACCAAUAGCACGUGCUGUCUGGUAUGGAGCCGGGCAAUGCUGGCUGUCAAUUUGGGAUUGCGAGCUUGUUUUUGGUCCGCUGAAUGGAGUCUUUUGGUUAAAGUUGGUAAAAUCCAAAUUUUCAAGAUCUACAAAAUACAGAAUAAGAGUCUCACUUUUUUUAAUGUAAGAUUAAAUACUUAAUUAAUUCCUUAUAUAUCUAAGCUGGUUGAUUUUCUAAAUUUAUUUAAAAUUUUUAUUAUUUUAUAAAAAAAUUUAAAUAAAUAAUCAAUAAGUUGUUUUAGUGGACUCUUUUGAAAGGAAGCAUCGAGGUACAAGGUGUGGGGGUUACGAUGGCCUGCAAAGUAAAAAGCCUAAUAUGCUAUGAGUUACUUUACAGCUGUGGCGUGGUUAGCAAAGCAGACUAAUCUGACUCAAAAGCUAGAAAGAAUACAAAAAAACUAAGGGAAAGUUGGUGGAAGCUUAAUCACACAGAACCCAAAUGGUCCAUUUGAUCAUAGGGAAGGAAGAGCAAAAUUCAGAUGAAAUAAUGUACGUUUCGUUGGUGUAAGAAGAAAGUCACAUGGCGGAGAGGGUAGUAUCCUCUCUUAUCGACAGGCUGGUUCCCUUGCUGACCCAAGAAGCAAAACUGUUGCGAGGCAUUCAUGGAGAAGUUGCUGACAUCAAAGAUGAACUGGAGAGCAUUCAGUCCUUCCUCAAGGAUGCAGAUGCAAGGGCGGCAGCAGAAGAAGACAUGAGCGAGGGUGUCAAAACAUGGGUGAAACAAGUAUCAGAAGUCGCUUUCCGCAUAGACGUUGCCAUCGACCAAUACUUGCUUCAGGUGGCACAACAUGGUCCUCAUCGGCGUGGUUUUACUGGUUUUGUCCAUAAAACAACUCACUCACUCAAAACGUUAAAACCCCGCCAUAAGAUAGCAAGUGAGAUUCAAGAGAUCAAAGCAUCAGUGCAGAAAAUCAAGGCAAGAAGUGAAAGAUACGGCUUCCAAUCCACUGGUCAAGGAUCAAGCAGUGGUGCUCGGAAUGUUAGGUGGCAAGACCCUCGAAUGGCUUCUCUUUUUCUUGAAGAUGUUGAUGUUGUGGGCAUUGAAUCUCCUAAAGAUGAAUUAAUCGGUUGGCUCAUAAAAGGAGACUCUUACCGUACUGUAGUUUCGGUGGUGGGAAUGGGGGGACUUGGCAAGACCACUCUUGUCAAGAAAGUCUAUGAUCACCAUAUGAUGAGAGAACACUUUGAUUGUCAUGCUUGGAUCUCAGUGUCUCAGUCAUACAACAUGAUGGAUCUAGUAAGGAGCAUGGUAAAGCAAUUUUGCGAGGCAAGAAAGGAGUUUCCUCCUGAGGGAAUUGACUCAACAGACAAGAUGUCACUAAUUAGCAAAGCAAGAGAAUAUUUACAAGAAAAAAGGUAUGUAGUUGUAUUUGAUGAUGUUUGGGAAAUUGAUUUUUGGGGGGAGAUAGAACAUGCUUUACCUGAUAAUACAAAAGGUCCAAGGAUAUUGUUCACAACACGGAAGUUGGAUGUUGCUAAUUUUUGCAAAAAAUCUUCACGUGUUAAAGUUCACAGCUUGCAACCACUACUACCUGAUAAGGCAUGGGAGCUAUUUUGCAAAAGGGCGUUCCAAUUUGAACUUGAAGGACACUGUCCCCCAAUGUUGGAGAAAUUAUCUCAUGACAUUCUUGAGAAGUGUGAAGGAUUACCGCUUGCCAUUGUUGCUAUAGGCGGUCUUUUGUCAACCAAGGAAAAAACUCUCUUUGAAUGGCAAAAAUUGCAUGAUAGCCUUGGCUUUGAGUUACGAAUAAAUCCUCAUCUUGCAGGUGUUAGUAAAAUUCUAUCCCUAAGUUUUGAAGACCAGCCUUACAACCUCAAAUCUUGUUUCUUAUAUCUUGGUAUGUAUCCAGAGGACUACUCUAUAAGGUGCAAAAGAUUGAUUAGACAAUGGAUAGCUGAAGGUUUUGUGAAAGCAAAGGAGGGUAAAAUAGUUGAGGAGGUUGCACAAGAAUACUUGACUGAAUUAAUCCAUAGAAGCUUGGUUCAAGUAUCAAAGGUCGAAUUGGAUGGAGAAGUUACACAAUGCCGACUCCAUGAUCUUUUUCGUGAGAUUGUCCUUCAAAAGAUGAAAGAUUUGAGUUUUUGUCAUGUUUUGUCAAAACAAGAGUCAAACUUUGAAGGACCAUCUCGACGUAUGUCAGUAGAUGGAGUUUCAUAUGAUGUAUUGAGGGGAUUUGAGGACGCUCACAUUCAUUCUCUUUUAUUCUUCAAUAUUAAUGAAUUUCCAAUAUCCUUCAUGAGUAAAUUUGUUCAAAAUUUCAAGCUUGUGAAAGUAUUGGAUUUUAAAAAUUCUCCACUAGAUCAUCUUCCCGAAGAGGUGGGGAAUUUAUUUCACUUAAGGUAUUUAAACUUGAAUAAUACAAAAGUGAAGACUCUCCCAAACUCCAUCGGAAAGUUGCAGAAUCUAGAGACUUUGUUAAUGUGGCAAACCGCAAUACAGGAGAUACCAAUUACAAUCAACAAGCUUCAUCAGCUACGUUGUCUUAAAGGCGGCUAUGCUGACGCCAAGAUGGAUUUGAGUCUUGAUAUUUUCAGAGGAGUUAAAUUACAUUGGAGUAUUGGAUGCUUAAAGGCACUGACAGAGCUAUAA